CCAAAACACUCUCUCCAGGAAAAUUCGAUUCCCGAUUGUCCAGGUUAGAGAAGAAAAUUUACAUUCGAUUUAAUAUUUAUGCACGAAUCGAGUUACAGUGGCGCCGGUUAAGAUAACAUCGGAUUUUUAAAGCAGAAGUGCACCAUAACAAAGCCACUCAUGUAAAACACAUGUAGAUAAAUUAACGAAUUACUGCUAAAUAUUUUGAACAUUCCACUCCCUUAUGAUGUCAUCUGUAUCAGGACAUUAUGGACUGUUCGAAGCUAUUCGUUACAAGCGUCACCGUCAAGCCAUGCUCCUAGCAGAGGCUGGCAUAGAUGUUGAUUGUAGAAAUGAUAAAGGACAGACACCCCUCAUAUAUACAGUUGUGACUGUUGAUGACUGCAGCAGAAGUAGAAAUAAACUCGUCAGAUUGUUUUUGGAAGCUGGUGCAGAUCCUAACGCUGCAGAUUGGAAGGGUCUCACGGCGUUGAUGCAUGCCUCAAUUUUGGGGCAAGUAGAAACUAUCAAGGCUUUGCUGGAAUGUACAUGGACCAAUCCUUGCUGCACAGACUCAAAUGGAAACACCGCUCUCAUGUACGCUGCUGCUCAUGGUCACCACGAAAUUAUAGCAGUUUUCCUAUCUGUCUUCCGCAAUGAUAUCAAGAGUCUCCAAUUACAUAAGCGCAACAAUGAUGGUUUCACAGCAUUGCAUUUAGCAGUCCGCAAUAGAUACGAUGCAUGUGCCAGACUUUUAACGAAAGAGGGACAGCUGUUUCCAACAGCCAUAGAUGAGUUUCCUGAUCCAAAAGAUUUAGAUCGCGAUCCAACCCCAACUGAACUUGAAUUAGAGGCCGAUAAGAACACAAAUAUAAUAAGCACUCAAUCCGAAAAGAUUUUGUGGGCAAGACCUGACAGUAAACGUACAACCGGCACUAUGACGAUAGAACCAGAAGAUUUAGAAUUUUUAAGUAAUAGUUUAAGUGUUUUGGAGUGUAGUGUUGGUGAUAUUCCAAUUUAUAAUUACACUCAUCCUUUUGGACUCCAAACUAACAAGUACACCCAGGUCAUAUCAAUAGGUCAAAGAAAGACUCCAGAAGAAACAGAAACUAAAACAGAGCAAAAGAACAUGCAAGAUUUGCUUGAAGAUUUACAAAUUUCGCCAAGGAUCGACGAAUGGCCAACUGUUCCAAUUCAACUGAAGCCAGUUUCUCACAAGAUCCUCCAGCCUCUUUUGCCAAUAGAAAUUACAAACAGUCAUACUUCAAAUGUUAACACUUUUCAACGAAAAUGUCUCUUGAAGCAAAGUCAUCGCGGUACAUCAGGAUUGCGAAUCAAACUCCACGAUUCUAGAAAUGCCAUAUCUACGGAAGAGUUGGAUCAUAUGAUUAUGGGAUCUUCUCUCAAGUCUUAUCAUGCAAAUCUAAGAACGAAACAAGCGAGCGCCAAAAAGAAAGAUAACAUCGCCAACCUGUUGCCUUUAAUUCCAUGUCAAGAAAAUUCCUCACUUCCUCCGGUUAAAUACUCAAUCAAACGUAGUGCAAGUUCGAAAAAGAAUUCUUUCUUUCAAUCGACUCCAUUUAUUGCGGUUAGAGCAGAUCAAACUCCUAGAGACCUAGAAAUAUUCAAGAAAAAUAUUGAAGCGAUGUGAUUUAAAGAUGAUAAA